GCGACAAACAACGAAGGAGAAGCAGAAACAGAAACGAAUCCAACAAACCCAGAUAGCUCGGAUGACUCCGGGAGAAGUUCUAGCUACGAAACUGUGCCACCAAAGAUAAUCCACACUAAAUAUAAAACUACUAAACGUCUCAUGCAUCCACUUAUCGCCGUUCGCGUUGGCACAAGCUAUUACAGAGUAGGGGGGAAACUGGUCCGUGUUAAACACAUUUACUACCACCCUUCGUACGAUGAGGAGACCCUGCAAGAUAACCUGGUCAUCAUGAAACUGGAGCGCCACCUCAACUUCAAACGCAAAACAAAGCGAAGGAGGGUUCGCCACAUUGAUAUCAAUACAGACGUGGGUGAAAUGCCAGAGGGUACUGAAGUUGUUAUUGCUGGGUGGGGGGCUAAACUAGUCCAUAACAAAGUAUAUAACGCUUUAUGGAAUAAGAUCCACAAGGCUGUCUUGACAGUCAGUUCUUGGGACGAAUGCGUAGAUACAUACACAGAGAACUACGUAAGAACAACGAAUUUUUGUGCGCAGAAUAAACGUCACGAGGGUGCCUGCGAUCGCGAUGGCGGUAACCCAGCAGUGGCAGAUGGGUUACUAAUGGGUGUCGUCAGCUUCGGUGCCCCGAACUGCGGGCAACGGGACGCACCCACUGUCUUCACCAACAUCGGGUACUACGCUGAGUGGAUUCAAAGGGUCAUGAAUAAGGUUGAGUCAUCCGAAUCAUCAUCGUACGAAAAAAAAGAACCGAAAUAGAUACGACAAUAAUAGACACGACAACAACAAUAGACACGACAAAAUUCUGCGGUUGGACAAAGAACACUACUACAGUCGCAGAAACAUUUAACAUAGAAGAAGAAACAGAAAUGACAUUUAAAUUUACUAGAAGAGCAUUUGAAAAAGGUGUUAAAACAAAAACGUUUGAAGUAAUUGAUAAUGGCAAGCAUAGUACAACGAUGGUUCCAGUGGACAAUACUCUUCCAAAAAUAUCUACCAAGUCAGGAGCAACCAUUGAGAGAAUGUUCUUAAUAACUCCUAAUACCCCUAGAACUCUUAAUGAUUUAGUUCAUACCGUUCCGUACUCUUUAAAAGGUAAACAAUGAAAUCUUGAAAAUUUGAUCAUCGUGUAAGUAAAGUCAAAGAUAGAUGUAACUCCGUAUAGACAAAUAAAGUCUUAGAAAAAAAACGUACCUCAGAACGUCAGAACCUUAAAGAAUGGCCUAGAUGGCGUUACACCUUUGGGGAACGCUCGGCUAGAUGGCGCUAAUAAUUUGACAUUUUAACACGUAUCAAGCUAAGAAUAUGGAUUAUGGGCCAAAUUGUGAAAACUGAGGUUCAAAAGUUGAGCGUAGAGAGCGUAUGACAGUUUUGACGUACGUCACGUGACCCCCAGCAAACAUUAAAACGGACGGUGAAAAUAUAAGAGUGG